AAAAACAGGAAGAUAAUGGGCAUUCCAGGAUUAACUGCUUAUAUAAAACAGCAUAAAUUUAAUUUUUUAGAGCACCACAAUUUAUGUGAUACGUAUUUAGUAAUUGAUGGAAAUAAUAUUAAUUGUUCAUUAUAUAAGAAGCGCUCAUACGUUAAUUGGACAUUUGGCGGUGAUUACGAUUAUUAUGCGCGAUGUAUAUCAGACUUCUUUGAUGACUUACUAAAGUGUAAUAUAACGCCUUUAGUCUUUAUUGAUGGUGGUAUUGAAAGUAAAAAAUUCAAAACUAUUGUAAGAAGGAUGAAAAACAAACUAGAUGUACUGCCAGUUUCUGUAUUCAGAACUAGUUGUCCGCAAAAAGUCUUUCCUUUGUUAAAGCAACAUGUUUUUAUUGAUGUAAUGAAAGAAAAAAAUAUUCGAUAUGUGCAGUGUCUAUUUGAAGCUGAUAACACUAUGGCAUCAGUAGCAAAGAUAUUAAAUUGUCCAGUCCUCAGCUAUGAUUCAGAUUUUUAUAUAUAUGGAUCAUUAUAUAUACCAUUUAAUACAUUCCAAAAUGAUGUAAUUAAAAAUUCAGAUGGAGAUGGUUAUAUUAAAUUUUGUAAAAUUUAUAAGGUUGAGAAAUUAUUCAAAUAUUUUACAGGAUUAGAUCAAUCAAAGUUAAUAUUAGCUGCAAUACUAUUAGGCAAUGACUAUGUGGAAUCUGGUACAUUUAGAAACUUCUUCCGCUAUUUAAAGUUAAAACCAUCAGUUACAAACAAUAAUUCCCGACAAUACUGUAUAGGUGCAACUUUGUCAUGGUUGAGUAAAUAUAGCUUGCAUGACGCAAUCAUUGAAAUUUUAAGUAGGUUAACUAUGCCUAUGCGACAAAAAAUAUUGGAUUUAAUAGAGAUGAGCAUAAAUGAUCGUAGAAAUGAAUCUGCUGAAAUACUUGAAUCUCUAGGUUUCCCAAAAGAUUAUAUUACUCGCAUAAAUACCUAUCGCUUCAAUAGAAGCUUCAAAUUUGAUGGAAAUAUCAAUACAUUGACAUACAUAGAAGAAGUUUGGGAAGAAGGAAAUGAUGAAUUAACUGAAGAAGAUAAGGAAGAAGACUAUGAAAUUGAAAUAGCAAAGAUAUUUACUGAGUCUGAAUUAAUGUCUAACACUGCAACUAUUAGUAAUUUGCCUAUUUGGUUUGUAAACGAAUUUCGUAUUGGUAAAUAUCCAUCAUAUUUUUUGGAUUUAAUAAUUCAACGUUUAUAUGUAUGCCCCAUACAAGUAGAAGAUUUUCGUUAUCCUUCAAACAUCAUAGUAAGCCUAAAAAUCCUUAGUAUCAUCGUUGGAAUUCUAAAAUUAAUGAUAGACAAUAAUAUAAAUUGUAUAAGAUACUUAAUGAGAACUGAAGAUAAAAAGAUUAUGUGCUAUAAGUUAAAGGCUAUAGAAAUUACGAAUACUUUUAGACUACCUUUUUCAUUCAAUCUUAGUAAUGUCUCAUUACUUAUUCAAAGAGAGAUUUUAAACAAUACUCUAGGAAUUACAGAUAUGGAUUGUAUAAAUGAACUUCCUCCAAAGUGGAUAUUGUAUGUUGGAUGCAUCAAAUAUUGGAUACAUCAACAAGAAUGUCCUAUAUCUUACAAAUGUUAUUUAUAUUCUAUAUUUAUUUGUAUGUUGUUUGAUAUAAUAGAUUUCAAAAUUGGGAAAUAUAGAAGUAUAAACAUUUUUAACAAAAAAUAUAAGCAAACAAUUGAAGCUAUAAAGCAGAAAAGAAAAGAAAGUAAUUAUAACCCAUGUUGUGUAAUAAAUGGUACAAUUCGCGAAGCCUAUAAUGAAAUCGUUCAUGAUGACUGUGUACUAGCAGCACCAUUUUUUAUUUCACAUUUUGAAGUAGAUGAAACAUUAUAUAACACAGACAAGUUUGAUAUCCAUAUAGUACACGUUUUUGGUGAGUUCCAAAGUUGUUUGAAACAUAUUAUGGAUUUGAAUACACUUUUGGGAUGUCCUUAUCCACAGCCCAAAGUUGCACAUUUAUAUAAUGGCACUUUAUUGUAUAAUCUGUGUAAUAAUUUUAGAACUCACCAUAAUAUGGAAGAAUAUAUAAAUAUUGUUCUACAAAUGUCUCCAAGCCUCUUAAGAUUUUUUAAUACAUUUUUAUUAAAAGUCAAACCAAUGUUUUCAUGUAUGUUUCAAAAUAAAUAAUAUUGUCCUACAAAUCUCUUAAGAAAGGCAGGAAGACAUUUUAAGGCAUCUGAGACUAUGAGACAGGAAAGUACAAGUACAAAUGCAAUAUAAUGUGAUAAUAAAAUUAAAGUACAUAUAACUAAAGGUAUAAAUAUAUAAGAAUGGUGCAGAUGCUGGAAUAUUAAAGUAGAGAGAUAAAGGAGGGAAGCCAGUAAUUACUGGCACGAGUGAGGUAAGGAUUAAUGGAGAGCUAGAAUAGGUAUUGGUAGGAGGGUGAAAGAAGGGAAUGUGAACUUUAUGGGAUCAAAUAUGGAAGCACAUAAUAAUAAACAGAAUUAGAAAGGGAGAUUAGUACAAAAGAUAUAGUUCACGAACAAGGAAAAAAUAGGACUGUAGACCAAGUGAGAAAAUUGCAGAAAAGAAAAAAAAAGAAUAAAGAGAGAGGAGGUAUCUAGUUAAGUAGGUAAAUUAAACAAUUAGCUCUAGUAUUACUCGUUCUAUAGAGUAAGUAAUAUUGGGGGACCAACAAUGGAUUAUUUAUAAUAAUGUUAAGCGGAAAAGAUCUCGGGGGUAGGUGGAAUGAAUCACUUUUAGCACUAAACCUAGGGAUUUCACAUAUACAUGUUCCUACUGUGACUGGUUUUUAAAUCAAUGUGUAUUUCUUAAUAUAGAAUGAAGAUAAUAGCCAGUUUGAUAGUAAAAAAAUAUAGUUUUAAAAAUUGUUUAAAGAAGUAUUAAAAAAUAUUAGUAAUUGAAAUAAAAAUUCUUGCCUCAAAAUUCCUUCUCCCGUGAUUUCUUUAUUUAAAAUCCAUGGAUUUAUCCCGGUUACGUCUAGGAUAUUGAAAAAUACUUGUAGAGGCCAUCUCCGAGAUUUCAAUUUCAGAAUUGAGUUUUCGAGAAACUGCUAUUACAAAAAAAUAUAGAUCGUUUAACCAGUCAAAUGACCAGUCGUGUUAAGUAAGACGGAUUACAUAUUAUUCUCAAAAAACACACAAUAAGAAAAGAAGUGAAUAUUAAAAAAUUCAUUGUACGUAUAUUAUAAGAAAAGUCGUGAAGCUAAAUGGCGGUGCAAUAACGUUGUAUAUAAAAAAUUCUAAACGAAAUUUAAAAAACGAUCAUUUAAGUGGUCACAGUAGGUUUAGUGUUAACCAUCCCAAAAGCCGAUUUUCAUCUGAAAAAAGCUAUGCUCUGUGUCUGGUGGAACUGCAAAGGAAUCCUAUAUUAUAAACUUCUACCAAACAACCAGACGAUAAAUUCGGAAAGGUAUUGCUCGCAAUUAGACGAACUAAAGACAGCAAUUGAACAAAAGCGUCCAGAACUAGUGAAUCGGAAGAACGUCGUGUUUCAUCAGAGCAAUGCGAGACCUUAUGUGUUUUUAACUAUUCGACAAAAGCUAUUGGAGCUUGGUUGGGAUGUGCUACCCCAGCCACCGUAUUCACCAGACAUUGCAAAAUUUUUAAUUCUUCGAUCAACGUAAGAAAUCACAUUGAAAAGUUUUUCGUCGAAAAAUCUGAGAGGUUCUAGGAGGAUAUAAUAUUCAAGUCACGUGAAAGAUGGAGGAAGGUUGUAGAACAAAAUGGCAUUUACACAAUUGUAUCUGUAUAAUUCAAUAAAUCUAUUUCGAAAUUUAAA